GGCUCCGUGGAAUCCGCAGCAAGACCUGAUAGGCAGGGCCGCGGAGAGGGGUGAGAGAGUGCUCUCAAAAGUCUCCGAGAUGCGGCCACAGCUCUGGCGGCACAGGAAAAAAUGCGGGCUGGGGCGCACGAAGGGAAAAAAGGCGCCGGAUUAUUAAGAUGCGGCCCUGGAGAUGAACAAGAACAGCGCAAGAUGAUGGACGAUUCAGCAGCUCGCCGCGGCACUGGCAAUGACUGAUGCGAUGCAGGUGAGAGAGAAAGAGGGAGAUGGAGGCGGCGAGGAGGCAGCCGCACAGGGUAUGUAAUAGAUUCGAGGCUCGGCCAACGGGCCAAACAGCACAGCGAGUCCCUGCACUUGCGCGGCGAGGUACCCAGGCGAGACGUCCAGGCGGCGGAGAUGGGUACUUUGCAGGAUCGGUGACCAACACGCCUGGGCCAAUGGGCAAAGGAGGCAAGGGGACCUUGAUGGCGCAUUCGCGGGUUGACGCCACCGGGCAUCGACGUCGUCCUGGCGCAGGUAUUCCGUGCCGUGCUCACCAAAGUAUCCAAAGUCUCUAUCGGUGUUGCACGAGUCGUGUGCUAAUAAUCCAGGUACCAAGGCAUAUCCAUCUCUGGGCACAUGUCGCAGCCAGGUGGCAUGAUCCACGAAACCACGGCGCUAUGGCUUCUGGCAGCAUCCAGGCAAACGAAGCGUCACGACCGACUUGGACGCAAGAAUGGCAUUAGUGAACAGGGGGACAAACAGGAGAAGAAAAAAGAGUUACUGUAUGCGGGUUGCGAUGUGACAUAAUAAA